AUGUCGCGCCAUUUUCACGCUCUGUUAGCAGUUGUUCUACACCUUGCAGUUGCAGUACCAAUUCCAUUCUGUCGGGCAGAAAACAUCCCACCCCGUGCCACAAAUGUAACUGCCGGUAAUGUUGUCCCUGCCUGCGCACAGGGCUGCUUGGCCUCAUUCAUUGAGUCGGAUUUCCCCACUGCAGCCUGCCAGAACGCCCGCGAUUUAUCCUGUCUAUGUACGAGACGAUCUACGGCGGGGUUUACGCUUGGUGAAGCGACAACCACCACAACCACCACCACCACGACAGAAGCGCAGCGGACUCAUUCAACAACACUCGCCGAGCCCACUCCCUCUCCAACUUCAAACUCGAGCAUCUCCCUCACGUCCACUAUGGUGAAACCUACUUCUUCAAGUACCAGCAUCGCUCUUCACUCCGCUCCGUUACCAUCUAGCACUUUAGUCUCUACCAGCAUUUUAUGGUUUCCACAGCCAACUGGACUUCCACCCGAACCAUCUGAGUCUCCAGCAGUCGAGGACGCACAUCCCAUGACGAGUGCUCAGGUAAUAGGGAUUUCCAUUGGAGGCGCAGCUGCAGGGGCACUGUUGUUGGCCUUGAUCAUAAUGUUUUGCCUAAAGCGUCGUCGAAACAAGGUGAUGACAGCUCAUGAGAGCGGAUUUGAGAUCGGCGGGCAGAUGUCUGAGCCCUCUCCACCCGACUUCCUGGUGGGCUAUCGGGGUGACCGGGCUCUCAGAUCGCCCAUUGGCAUAUAUAAUGAACCGGUUGCCCGACGGCUUACUCUUCCAGCAAACAAUGCAAGCCAACCAGCCGGUGCUGCUUCCGAUGCUAGAAACGCUCCGUUCUCCUAUCCCGCUUACAGCCAAAGGGACAGCGAUGAUGCGAGUCUGUCCACUCCCAAUGCGCCGCCAAAGUCCAAAUCGCCCCGUAGACUCUCGCAGUUACUACCGGAAAAACCCAAUUACGAGGCAUUUUCAUCUCAGGAUCCGAUUGCGGAACCCAUAAGACGCCGACCGGAAAGUGCGGCCACCUUAUUCGAAGAAGAAGAUAAUGAAGAUAGGAGAGCCCUUGCUGCAACAAAUACCCAGCGGCCACCCACACAUCCAAGCGAUGGAUAUGAUAGAAUGUCCGUGAAUGCUAGUAGGAAUCAAUCACAAAAUAAACAGUAUGGUCCUCAAUACGCAGCGCACCAGAAUAAUGGGAGACAGCAACAACCACAGCAGCAACAACGGCAGCGACAGCGGCAGCCUCCAACAUUAAGACUAGUCACUCCCGCUAGCAGCAGCUCGUACCACGCUCGAACGAAUAUGACCAUGUCUCCUCCAAAGGUUACAUACCAACGCAUGGAUUACGGAUCAUCCAUGCGGCCCAACGGGAUAGCACCCAGCGGCCACCUGAAUUCCUACUCACAAGCAGGCGCGGGCGCCUGGCCGCACAGAGGACCGAUCGAUCAAAGUCGACGACGAUCGAACGAUCGAACGCUCACCGGGUCAGUUACAGGCCCUGAAUCUGUGGAAUCAAACGUGGGGAGUAGGACCAGGAAUGGAGGCUCCGCUACUAAGCGUUCCAGCGCUCGCCUGAGUCCCGUCAGGGAACGGUCAACAUCACCGGAUCCAAAUGCCUACCCAAAGCCAUUGUCAAUACCGUUGAAGUACCCACCAAUGACCGGGCCGUCCGCGCCACAUAAUAAUAAUUUUCAAGGGAAAGACCCAAGCGAAAGGUGCAACGACAUGUCUACUAGUGGAGGAGCAAAUGGUAGCAAGUCACGCUUAUAUUCAUAUCCAUACCAUCACCAACACCCAUAUCAACAUCGACUUCACAAUACCUCCGGCGGCGCAAGUAACGUUCCAAAAUUUCCCAAAUUCCAUCAACCACUUCGACUGCCUAUGCGUCUCCAACCCCCACCACACACAAGAAACCAGCAACCGCAACAUCAUUAUCCAUCAUACACAUCAUACACCAAGGGGCCACACAAUAACUGCACCAGCAGCAAUAUCAGUAGCAGCGAUAGCCUCCUAAGCAAGCGCCGCGGCGAGACGACCGCAAAUAAAAUGGAGAGCGAGCUAGAUGUUAACAAAGCAAGCGGGCUGCGGCCCAGCCCUUUGAACUCCGCGAAUAAAUCGGGCGCCGGUGAUCUCGGGGCAACACAGGGCGUAUUGGAGACGCCGUCGCCGUCAUUGGCGUUCCGGGAGUGGCAGGAGAGACAGGCGCAGCAGCAACGACGCUGGGAUAGAGGAUAA